AUGGAGCAAGCGCUCUACUUGUCUCUGGAGGAUUCCCGACGUCGACCUGGCCCAAGCAAGCUCAGGAUUCAGAAUGGCGCUGGCGACAAGGAUCUUGAGAGCCUCGAUGAUGAGAUUGCUGGAGUAGAGCGACAGAUCAAAGACCUACAAGCGCUUCUGCAAGAGCUCAAGAGAAAUAGGGAUGAAAAGCUUCGCGAUAUACGCGAAGCUCACCCUCAGCACAGAAGCGACAGGAGCAAAGCCCCAGCCGGAAACAUCGACUACAGUGGCGAAUUUGAAUGGACUGGCGCGCUCUACGACAAGUUGAAGACGGUCUUUGGCUUUGACUCAUUUCGAUCAUGUCAGGAAAGUAUAUGCAAUGCGAAUCUAGACAGACGGGAUAUCGUUGCCAUUAUGCCGACAGGCGGUGGCAAGUCUCUGGGAUACCAGCUCCCCGCACUGCUUACUCCGGGUUGCACUUUGGUCAUCUCUCCCUUGCUUGCGCUCAUCGCCGACCAAGUGAUGCAUUUACAUGAAGCUGGAGUUGAUGCGGUGAUGCUGACUGGGGCGACGUCUAAGGAGGAGCAAAACAGGAUAUACCAACGACUACAAGCCAUGGCCAACGGAACUCCGGGUGCUCCGGAUAUCAAGCUUUGCUACGUUACCCCCGAGAAGAUCGCGAACAGCAAGAAGUUCAAGGCCGCUCUUGACAAAUUGCACCGUGUACACAAACUAGCUCGGUUCGUAAUUGACGAGGCGCACUGUGUGUCUCAACAAGGGCAUGACUUCCGUCCUGAUUACCAGAAACUUAACGUUCUCCGUGAGCUGUGGCCCGGAGUUCCCUUCCUCGCCCUCUCAGCAACCUGCCCUGCUGCCGUCCUCGGCGACCUCCUCCGCACCCUUGGGAUGCGGAGACCCACGCACGCUCAAGCCGUGGACGAGACCGUCAUCUUCAGCACGUCGCUAUACAGGAAGAACCUGCAUUACGCGGUCCUUCCGAAGCCGUCAAGCGGGACUGGAAGCAUCGAGAAGAUGCGCGACUACAUACUGACGCACCACAGAAAUGACACAGGCAUCGUCUAUUGCCUGACCCGGAAGGAUUGCGAGUCCGUUGCAGAAGACCUCAUGAGGCUAAGCGAUGGAGCGAUAAGGACGGGAGUCUACCAUGCCGACGUAGCCGACGCGAAGAAGGAAGCACUGCACAGGCAGUGGCGGGAGGGGAAGGUCAAGGUAGUCUGCGCCACCAUCGCCUUUGGGUUGGGCAUCGACAAGGGCGACGUUCGUUUUGUCGUUCAUCACUCAAAAUCAUUGGAUGGUUUCUAUCAAGAGUCUGGACGCGCGGGUCGCGACGGCAAGGACGCAGACUGUGUGCUCUACUACCGCACACAAGACGCGAUGCGCAUCGCCUCGCUCACCUGCAACGAACGCGGCGGGCAAGAUAAGGCGCUCGCAAUGCUCGCAUUCGCGUCCGACCUCGAGGAAUGCCGUAAGAUCCAGUUCGCCCAGUACUUCAACAAGUCCUCGAAGAUGUCGCUCAGCUUCUUCCGGACAGAGGAGGAAGACGCCAACACGCGCUGCGGGCACUGCGACAACUGCAUGCGCGCCCCGGACACGCUCGAGCGGCUCGGCGUGCGCACGCGCGUCGCCGCGUGGCAGCUCCUGCGCGUCGCCGCGGACGCGGGCAGGGAGCUCACCAUGACGCAGCUGUGCGACCUCGCACGUGGCUUGGGCUCGUCUGCUGCCGCGGGGCCGGGCAAGGGCAAGGGCAAGGGGAGGGCGAAGGAGAAAGCCACGGUCGAUCUCGACCGCGUAGCGGGGGGCAAGGUGGAGCUGUCGAGGGAGCACACGGAAGCACUCUGCGUCAGGCUCCUCGUCGAGGGCUACUUCACGCUCUCCUUCCACCACACCGCGUACAGCGUGAACGUCUACCUGGAGCCCUCCGCCACGGCCGCACGGUUCACGCGGCUGGGCAAGGACGACGUCGAGCAGGGCGGCGGCCCUCCCUUCGACUGCGUGUUCCUCAAGAAGCCCGGGCGGAAGGGGGCUGCUUCUGGCUCCGGCCAUGUGAAGAAGGCCCCCGAGAAGGCCAAGGCCGCGAGCGCGAGCGCGAGCGCAAGCGCAAGCACGGGUGCACCCCGCGCCGCAGCUGGAGCCUCGACCGGGGCACGCGCGAAGCGGAAACGCAGCGUGAGUAGCGUCAUCACGACCGGCACGGAAGACGAGCAGACGGACGACGGGGAGGACGAUGAGGACAUGCGCGACUUUGUUGUGGGCGACGCGGACAUGGACGAGGACGAUGACGAGGACUGGCAUACCGGCCUGAGAAGUAGCAGGGCAAAUGGACGCACGUCGCUCGCGGAGCCCAAGGUCAAGAGACCGAGGCAGUCCGAUACUGGCUCAGGACGCUUGAAGCCAGUCCCCAGGACAGGCAGGACAAUCCGAGACGAGGAGAUCAUAGAGCUGUCAUCGGACUAG